AUGGCUGAAUUCACGACGCUUAUUAAUAAACCUUUGGGCUUUACACCGUACGAUGUCAAAUGGGUACUUCAUUCCGCCCGACUAUGUGUUAUUGGUGCUACGGGCCACUCCACCGGCAGGAUCGGGGUAUACCGCAUGGAAGAAAAACACUUGACGCUUGUCAAUGAAACAGAAACUUCGACGGUGGUGCGAUGUGGAACGUUUGAAGCAGCUGAAGCGCACAUGCGACAUGUCGCAACCGGCGAUUUCGAGGGUCGCUUGCAAAUCUGGGAUAUUGAACAUUUAGAACUACCAUUUGCUUCGGUCAAAGCACACCGCAGCAUCAUUAAUUGCAUCGAUGGGAUCGGCGGGGCUCAAGACAAAGGCGCAAGGGAACUUGUGACAGGCAGUCGCGAUGGCUGUGUCAAAGUAUGGGACCAGCGACAAUUGGAGAAACCGAUAUUCACAGCACGUCCAAAGGAUGAUGCAAGUGCUUCCGAUAUUUGGGCCGUGGCUUUUGGUAAACGAGAUAAUAGAACCAGUCGAUUGGUGGCAGCAGGGUUCGAAAAUGGAGAUAUCAAAUUGUUUGAUCUAGCCUCAUCCACAUCACAGUAUUUAUGGCAUACCAAUAUUGGCGCUGGCGUUUGCUCGAUUGACAUUCAUACAGACCGUCUGAUAGCCACGACCUUACAUGGCGUUUGCAUUAUUGAUCUGCUCACAGGCCAGUCCACUAAAUUACCGUCACCCUCUGAAACCACGAUGUGGGCUGUGCGCCAUUUUCCACAACAAUCCAAUCUGUUUGCAGUAGCCGGUGGCGAUGGGCAGUUACGGUUAUGGGAUGCACAACACACGGAAAAACCGGUCGCUUCUCAGUCAUUAUCAAAACAUCCGAUCAUUGCUUUUGAUUGGAAUCGGGACAAAAAGGGACUUUAUGCGUGCGGUUCAUUUGAUCAGACCAUCAAGAUUGGGUUUAUGCAAGGUAUUUAG